AACUGAAAUCCCAAUCGAAGUCGAAGCCUAUAGAAGAGUUUUGUAGAUCUUCAGUGCAUGCCCAUUAUCAAUGAGUAACUCUGUUUUUCAAAAUAUUAAGAUAAACUUCUCUCUAUUAGAAUCGAUCUAAUUAGCAUUAUGUCGCUCUAAUUUCCUAUGACGCAUUUACGAAUUCUGAUCUCAAGCGAUUGCAUAGCUUCUGAGUGAAUCUCUACUUCCUCUCCGAAGUAAUCUAGCAUAAUAAUAUUUUUAUUCUCUCCCUGUAAAGUUGCUUAUUAUAAUACUUGAAUGGUCCCAAAAAUAAAUAAAUGUGGAAGAAAAGUUUUCUCUCUUAUAUGGUUUAGUGCGGCGACGGUCGAUCUUCACACUAUACAUGGCAACGUUCUACCUGCUAACAUCAACAGUUCAUUAGAUCUUCAAUCUUGGUCGUCUUCGCCUGUUUCUCGUUCGUCUACUCUAACGAUUUACAAUCGUUUAGGCUUACGUGUUCUUCGAUUUGAUUAUGAUCUCGAAUUUCUUUACGGCGGCUCGUUAAAUGGACGAGGAGCGUAUUUAGAUGGUAUUACCGUAGUUCCAUCACGUACAACUGUUGCCUGGUGUUAUGUAUUCAAUGCAAACGUUGAAAUAACGUCUGUGCGCAAUGUGGGCACAAGUGAUAAUCCGGUCGCUGCUGCGCAUGUUGAAUUAAAAUAUCAAUUAAAAGCACUCAGUCGCGCAGAAGGAACAACAUCAUUUGAUGUCAAAGGUGAUGGACGCGUGGAUAUUUUGCAUAUGAAAUAA